AUGGGAGGAAUCAUUCGGGAUCAUUUUGGCAAUGCUCUUGCGGCUUUUGCUGGUCCUUUCUUUAACUGCUUGGUCAUUACUGCUGAACUCAAUGCUCUUUCUUAUGGUAUCGAAAUCUGUACUACUAUGGGUUUUAAUUUCAUCUGGAUUGAGGUGGAUGCCCAGCUUGUUGUCCAAAUCAUUAACGAUCAGGUGAUUGGAAAUCCUAAUAAUUUCUAUCUCAUUAGGAAGAUUAAACAGUUAUUAUCUUCUGUCAAUUACAAUAUUUCUCAUAUUUAUCGUGAGGAUAAUGCUUGUGCAGAUUGGUUAGCCAAUUGGGGCUGUUUGUUGGAUAACAGUCAGGAUUUAAACAUUAAUGCUUUACAUCCUGCUCUUAAAGGCAUGAUUAAUCUUGACAAAACUGCUUUGCCUUAUAUCAGACACCUUUAG